AUGGCACGUGUUCCCCGCCGGGCAAGGCACGAAAGCAGAAACAACGCUACCGACACUACGCCCUUGCUGGAACAAGCACAUGAGAAACUCUCGUCGCAACGGAACAAGCAGAAACCAGUGUCCGGAAAGAAACCGAACCAACCGCUCUACGACCAGGCACAGACCAAUCUUCCACUGCGGCUGUUGCACGAUUACGUUGGCCCAGAGGCAUGGUGGACGCCCUUCAAGGCAUCCACUUCACAACAGAAGGGUUCAGAGCGCAAAGAGCACCGAAAUAAACCUACCACGGGCGAGGAUCGGUUGAAUUGGCUGCGACGGCUGCGCCCCAAGCCCCAUCGGCAAUGUGCCCUUGGCAGAGCAGGUUGA